ACACUCAGCCCGGCAGCCCGUUAGGUCGAAACCACACAAAGCCGCCGCCCGCCGCCCGCCGCCCUGCCACGGCAACGGCAAGAGAGAGGGAAACCUGCCGCGCUUGGCGGCUCCCUCGACACCGUCGGCCGUCGCUUGGGACUCGUCGGGUCGACCCCGUUUCCACCGGGCACCUCCUGUGAGACAGUCCACCCCCUCCCCCCAAUUCGUUUCCUUCGGCCCUUGCCUCACUGGGCGUAUUCGCUCCGCCCCACUGCCGGCCUUCCGCCGUCUCUGUGGUGCGGCUUCGUCAUGGCGCCGGCGCGGGUGGAUGCCGAGAAGCAGGAAGCUCAGCACGAGCUGGAGGUGAAGGUGGCCAAGUAUUCGCGGGGUCAGGGUGCUGACUUGAAGGCGCUGGGGGACAAGAAGUUGAAAGGGCAGCUCAGUGUAAAAGAAAAGCUAUAUGGCCAAUCUGCAAAAGCUGCUGCAAAGGCCGAAAAGUGGCUUAUGCCGAAUGAUGGAGGUAUUUUAGAGCCUGAUCAUUUGGAGAAGACAUAUAGAUUUUCACAAAGGGAUAUAUUGACGGAAGUGGAUCUUUUGAGUUCAAGAAAACCAUUUGAUAUGAUCUUACCUGUGCUCGGUCCUUAUAAUAUAGGAUACACACCAAAUGGCCGCUACAUGCUAGUAGGCGGACGAAAAGGCCAUCUUGCAAUGAUGGAUAUGUUGCAUAUGGAUCUUAUCAAGGAGUUUGAGGUGAGGGAAACUGUUCGCGAUGUGACAUUCUUACACAAUGAGCAGUUGUAUGCAGUCGCUCAAAAAAAGUACCCCUACAUAUAUAAUCGACAUGGUACAGAAAUUCAUUGUCUGAAGGAACAUGGAAAAGCAUUGAAACUCCAAUUUCUGUCUAAACAAUUCCUCUUGGCAUCGAUAAACAGCUUUGGGCAGCUCCACUACCAAGAUGUGAGCACUGGUGAAAUGGUUGCAAAUUACAGGACAGGUCUGGGGCGUACCGAUGUUAUGCGGGCCAAUCCUUACAAUGCUGUCAUUGGUCUUGGGCAUGCUGGUGGCAAAGUUACCAUGUGGAAACCAACCAGUGUGAAACCCCUUGUUACUAUGCUGUGCCAUCAUGGCCCAGUGACUGCUGUUGCAUUUGACAGGGGCGGCCAUCUUAUGGCAACAGCAGGUGUUGACAGGAAGAUAAAGAUCUGGGACCUGAGGAAGUAUGAGGUUGUGCGCUCUUACCCACAGCGUGCUCAGUCCUUGGAUUUUAGCCAGAAGGGGCUGUUGGCCUGCAGCAAUGGAUCUCAGGUAGAGAUAUACAGGGAUUUUGGUGGGCAUGAUUAUAAGCUUUACAUGAAGCACAGAAUAUUGAAGGGCUAUCAGGUUGGGAAGGUUUUGUUCCGCCCCUAUGAAGAUAUUCUGGGAAUUGGGCACUCGAUGGGCUUUUCUUCCAUACUUGUUCCAGGUUCUGGUGAGCCGAACUUUGAUACCUUUGUUGACAACCCCAUGGAAACUACCAAGCAGAAACGUGAGAAGGAGGUACAUGCUCUCCUUGAUAAACUCCCGCCGGAGACUAUCAUGCUCAACCCAAACAUGAUAGCCACUGUAAGAGCUCCAAAGAAGAAAGAGAAGAAGACCAAGAAAGAGAUUGAGGAAGAGAUGGAUGAUGCCAUUGAAGCUGCCAAGAACAUUGAGCGCAAGAAGAAGACCAAGGGUAGGAGCAAACCCAGCAAGCGGGCCAAGAAGAAAGAGGAAGAUGUUUUCAAAGCCAAGAGGCCCUUCCUGGAGCAAUCCGAGGAGAUCAAUGGACGUCCUGACAAGAAGCAGCGGAUAGGCGAAGAGGUCGAACUCCCAAAAGCCUUGCAGCGGUUUGCCAAGAAACCACAGUCAUGAUCAUAGUUAACACUGUUGGGAUUUCACAUUCGUUAUGCGUCGCUAGUGAGUCUUUAUGAUUUAACUGCCAAGUAUGUAAAAUUCCCCCGUUAGGAAACGGUGCUGCAUGAGCCGAAAUUUUUGUUCUGAACUUUUGGUAUUCCAGUGAGCAUGGCCGUGUCAGCUGAUUUUUUUUUCCUUUUUUACCCUUGGUUCUCGUAGAGUUUAUUGUGGAUCAUCUAAAGUCUUAAAAGGCACUCUGAGUAGUGGCUACGUGCCUUUGUGGUCAAGCACCGAAGAAUCAGAACUUUGAACCAGAAGCACUGAUUCGCUACUGCC